AAGGGCGCGCUGUCAAUCAUUGCUCCAGCUCCCGUAGUUCCACCAAGGCUUUGACAUGGGAUUUGUCAAGUUUGUUUAUAAAUUAAUCUCACCGUAUGCGAUUAGUUUUUCCGUGUUGUUUUAAGCAUUUUCCACUGCUGGAUCGAUUUUGGCCGCGUUUCAUCCUCAAAAUGCUAUCCUAGACUCGCUGCGUUGCGGGGACAGUGUUCGGCCUUCGUGCGGGCAAUGUGCCAAGAGGAAUGCCCACCAAGUACAAGGUUGUUAGGUUACUCAAUUCUGUUCGAUUAAACGCAGGUGAAAAUUGCAUGAGUCCGUAGAGCGUGCGAGAGUCAAAUCAGUCCUUAAUGCGAAAGCUCAUUCUGCACAAUUUUCCACUCAUCUCAUAUCCAUUCCAAAUGUGCGAGGGUCGUCAUGCGUUGGUAUUACAAAUUUCUGGCACGUCGACCAUUCCUGAUGGUCCUUGGGAUCGGUGUGUUUUCAUUGGCGUGCAUAACAGUGUCGUUCACCACCAAAAAGCUACCAGAUUUCAGCGAUGCGACGGCGGGGUUCGAGGCUCGCGGGACUGCAAUCUCGCAACGACUCACCGCCUGGCGUAAUCUUCUAGAAGAGACCAAGGUGGGCGGGAAACUCGUUGCCGAUCCCAACGAUAUUUUCCUGGAACAGGAUUACUACAAUGCGCAACAUCAUGAGCACAAGAACAAAAAACACAAGAAAAAGAAAACACAGAAAACGAACAAAAAGAAAUUUAAGGAGAAAAUGAAAGAGUUGAAGGAUUACGCUAGGAACGACACGAAAAGCGAGGGUCCCUCCAGAAAUCUCGAUGCAAAUGAUACUUUUGAGUUUGGCAGGCACACGUACGGAAUUGAUGAGGACGACAAUCGGGAAAUGAUCGAGUCUUCGAAUACGAAGUGGAUGAGUUUGAGGAACUCGAAUCCACCCAUUCAGGAAAUUGUGAACGUGGGAGGCACUGCUGGAUUUUUCUGCGGUGAACCAAUGAAAGAAUACUCACAUAUGGUCAUUCAAAGAUCUGAGUUGAAUAAAAAUGACUCUAAAUCAUCGCUGUUUGAUAUCGACUAUUUGUUAGGAAUGUGUAAUUUAGAAUUAGAAAUGCAAAAAAUCAAUCUUUAUGACGAAUUUUGUGAGAAACAGUCGAACAGUUGUUGUCGUCCAUGGUCAUUGCCAAAUUAUAUUGCUCUUCUUUCUAAUAAGUCGUCAUGUUUGGAAAUUGACAAAGACGACGUUUCUAGUGUACAAAAUUUACUGUUAAGUUGUCACGUUUACUAUAUAAAUAUGAAAUUAAGUAAUGACUGUGAAAAAUAUAGAUGUUUUGCACCUGUUGAAUGUACUCGGCACGAUGCCAUCUAUAAUAUCUUCCAUUAUUUAGCUGAUAUGAAUUUUAUAAAAUUAAAUGCCACAAGUAUUUAUCUGAGUAACGCAAUGCUGUUUUUACCUAUCGCGAGAAGUCAAUCAGUUCUCCCUCUCUUUCGAGAAUUUGAAAAGAAGACUCUUGCGAAUGAUUAUGUAGAAAUAGUAGCAAUAGAUAUGGGCCUUAAGAAUGUAUUAUUCGAUGAAUGCUUGAAAGUUGACUUUUGGCUCUUACUGCUCGGAGCAACAUUUGUAAUGUUUUCUAUAUGGAUAUACACAUCAUCAUUAUUCGUAACGUUUAUGACUCUAUUGCUCAUACUGUUUUCACUUGGUAUCGCAUAUUUUGUAUAUAUGCUCGUCUUCGAGAUACCGUUUUUCCCGUUUAUGAACGUAUUGGCUGCAGUAGUUAUAGUUGGCAUAGGAGCCGAUGAAGCAUUCAUCUUCAUAAAAAUAUGGCGAUGCACCACUGAGGAGAGAAUACGAAACUCAGGAGGAGGCCCAACAUUAUCAUCCCCGUCAACUUCAUAUUCUGAUUCAACGCACAGGGAGACUUUGAAUAGUUUGAUGGCUACAACAUUGAAACAUGCAGCUGUAUCGAUGUUAGUUUCAUCAUUGACAACGGCGGCCGCAUUUUAUGCAUCUUAUAUGACGCAAAUAACGGCGAUUAAAUGCUAUGGAAUAUUCGCUGGAACUACUAUAAUAGCGAAUUAUUUACUUAUGGUAACGUGGACCCCAGCAUCAGUAUCAAUUAUGGAAAGGAUACCAUUUUCAUUGGAAAGUUGCAUGUCUGCAAAAGUAUCACAGAAAUUACACAAGUCAAUUACCCGAUUAGGAAAACUUGCAGAAGACUUCAUUAUAAAUGCAGUAGUUAAAUUAUCAGUAUUGUGGAUAGCUUUGCUAGGUUCGUUAGGGAUAGUCAGUAUGGUUAUAGUUUUAUAUUGGCCAAGUAUACAACUUCCUGACACACCAGAUUUCCAACUAUUCGACUCGAAACAUCCAUUUGAACUAUACGAUAUGAAAUUCAGGGAUAAAUUCUGGUUUGAAAAAUCAAUAACGUCUGUAGAUAAUUACAAUUUGCCAUUGCGAUUCGUUUGGGGCGUGAAACCGAUCGAUAAUGGGAACUAUUUGGAUCCAUUUUCGCGUGGAGAAUUGUACUUUGACAAUAAUUUUAACAUGUCUUCGAAAGAAUCUCAAAAGUGGCUACUUGAAUUUUGCAAGAAGAUAAAAGAACAACAAUUUUAUCAGUAUUCAUUUGGAAUUUUAAUGCCAAAUUGUUUUAUAGAGAACUUUGUAUCUUGGAUGAAUCGCGAAUGCUUUGAUCCUAUGGAGGAAGUAGAUCGCUCACCAUGUUGUAAAACCUCAAAGUUUCCAUUUGAACCAGAAAUUUUUGAAAAGUGUCUGAUAUUAAGCUUGACGACAUUAUAUGCAACACCACGUGAGUUUUUCACUCCAGGCGUUGCGGGUCCGAAAUUUAGGCGACCCGAUUUUAAAUUAAACAUGACAUUGUCUCCGGAAAUGAAGGCACUAAUUGUAGAAUAUGAAAGUAACGUUCCGUAUACUCUAGUUUAUUCUGAUGUGGAGACGUUCGUUUCUGAGGUCGAAAAGUGGUUUAGCAAUGAGAUGAAAUCUGCACCCGUAGGAAUGCAAAAUGGGUGGUUUACAAGUGAGCUGACAUUCUUUGACUUGCAAGAUACGCUUUCGAAGGGAACGGUGGUGUCUAUAUUAAUAUCGAUGUCAAUAUCUCUUGGUGUUCUGCUGUUUGUAACGUUAAACGUAUUGGUCAGCUUCUACGCUGUCAUCACAAUGACUUUUAGUAUUUUUACAACAAUUGCAAUAUUAAUUCUACUUGGAUGGAAACUGAAUAUUUUAGAAAGUAUAUCCAUUAGCACAGCGAUAGGAUUAGUGGUCGAUUUCAGUCUUCACUAUAGCGUACAUUACCGAUUAUCCUCUAGUGGUAGUAGAGAAUCGGCAACAAUUUUUGCUAUGUCGCGUAUGCUCGGGCCGUCAGCGAUGGCAGCAAUAACAACUGGAGCAGCUGGAGCUUUUAUGAUGUUUUCUACUAUUCUGCCAUAUAUCCAAAUUGGAAUCUUUCUGGUGAUCGUUAUAUCACUUAGUUGGAUCUACGCAACUCUGUUUUUGAUGAGCCUGCUCAAUGUAAUUGGGCCACAAUAUGGUUUCAUGCAAUUCAGUUAUCCGAAGAUUGGCAAGCAGCGCAAAAAGAAGUUGAAUGGAACGGAUUUUAGGGAGAGAGCUAAGAGUUCGCUUACAAAUUUCAGAAAAAACAACACAGUAGUAUCUGAACAACUGCUGACCCCAUCCAGUUCAGCGGUGGGAGAUCUCAUAAAUUCCGAGACCCAUGAGUUGGACUCAUUGACAUCCAACUCAGUUGCAACGAAGCCAACAUUAAAUUUACCAGAAAUACCUCAGGCUUCCGAUUAUGAGCGUGUAUUCAAUCGUAUAGCUUCCCUAUCGAAGGAGUAUCGUAGUCCAUCUACAGGAAGUGCGGUAACUGUGGUUUUGGUUGACGAUCAUGAUGGAAAAAUUUAGUUAGAAAUGAUUUCAACUCUUUGACAUGAACCCCAUUGUAGAAACGAUUUUAAUGUUCAUUUGUUUACUGUGCAUUUUUUAUAUUAAAACUUAAAUUCUAUUUAGAGAAACAGUCAAUGGAUCACGUAUCUGUAAUGUUUUAACGAGUAUCUCAUUUUUUAAGCGAACGGUUUUAGCAUUUAGGGUUUUUCUAUAUACAUUGAGAGAGAUUUUUCUCCGUUUCAUUUCGUGGUGUAAAUACGAGUCUGACUGAGUAAAUUAAAUUAUCACCAACGAUAAACAAGUGUUUGGACGUGACUACUCAAAAUGAAUAGAAAAAAUAGAUUCAAUGUUUAGAAGAUAAUCUAAUACAAGAUUUAGUUUCAUAAAAUCGGUAAAUGUCUGCGAUGGGAGAUACAUUGUAUUCAUAAAUGUUGUUGGUUUUCUUGCUUAUCAAUCAUGGCGGAGCCCAUGCUGAGGGUAGGCUCCGAAUAUUUCAAACUCAUCCUGUCGCUUUAGCUCGUAUUGACGCUAGAUCUCGCUGGCUUCCAAAAUACGUUUAUACUUAAAUUUUAAUAAAAAAACCAAAUUAGUUGAAAAUGUACGUCAAAGAGUUUGCAAGCAUAAAGUAUUAUUUUACACAAAUGUUAGUAUAAGGUAAAUGAUAUUGAAGUGAAAAUGUAUUAGUGAUUUGACAUAAUUACGAAAAAAGACAUAAGGCCUAGGUAGUUAAUUGCGUAUAUGCAAUAAUAUAAUUUCAUGUUAGUGUACGAAAAAGUGUGGUCAACUUAAUUGUUUACUGUGAUAUGUUAUAGUAUAAAAACAACAAAGACGAUAAAAGCGUUUAAUGUUCUAUGAUAAUCAAUUUGAUGGUAGAAUAAAA